GCACCACGGGCAUGACAGCAGAGACACAGGGAUUCUCAUCUACUGGACCCCUGGUCACCACCAGCUUCACCCUGUUGCCACACUGCCUGAGGACCUGCGCCACCUGCUCACUGCCCAUACCAUACAGGGCAGAACAUGGUUUUAUUAUCUGGCAUGUGAUAUACUGGAUUUGUGAGGAGAACACUCAAGAAUCCCACUCUCUUCUCAAGCCAAGAUUCUGGAAGUCCAGUGCAGCAGGACCCUUCGUCUUGUGGGAAGAGUGGCGCAGUGGAGGGAACCGUGCCAUAAAGGAAGCACCCAAUUCGGGCAUUUGCCACUAAAAGACUGAGCACUGAACUCAACUGGGAACUUCAGCAGGGGGCGGUAAGAGGAGGAGGCCAUGUGGACCGCACGCCUGCUAGUCCUCGCCAGCCUCUUCGCACCAGCCGCUCUGGCCUUCAGUCGAGCACCCAUCCCCAUGGCAGUGGUGAGGAGGGAGCUGUCGUGCGAGAGUUACCCAAUCGAGCUUCGCUGCCCGGGCACCGACGUCAUCAUGAUCGAAAGCGCCAACUACGGUCGCACCGAUGACAAGAUCUGUGACGCAGACCCAGCACAGAUGGAGAACACAAGGUGUUACCUGCCAGAUGCAUACAAGAUCAUGUCACAAAGAUGUAAUAACCGGACCCAGUGUGCUGUUGUGGCUGGACCAGACGUAUUUCCUGACCCGUGCCCUGGAACCUACAAAUAUCUGGAAGUCCAAUAUGAAUGUGUACCUUACAAAGUGGAACAAAAAGUAUUCCUGUGCCCAGGGCUUCUGCGCAGGGUGUACCAGAGCGAGCACCUCUUCGAAUCUGACCACCAGUCCGGAGCCUGGUGCAAAGACCCCCUCCAAGCCUCCGAUAAGAUCUACUACAUGCCGUGGACACCCUAUCGCACCGAUACGUUGACCGAAUACUCCUCCAAAGAAGACUUCAUUGCUGGGAGGCCGACGACAACCUACAAACUCCCACAUCGUGUUGAUGGAACUGGCUUUGUGGUCUAUGAUGGGGCGCUCUUCUUCAACAAGGAGCGCACCCGCAAUAUUGUCAAGUUUGACCUGCGGACUCGUAUCAAGAGCGGAGAGGCCAUCAUCGCCAACGCCAACUACCAUGACACGUCUCCGUACCGCUGGGGAGGGAAAUCAGACAUUGACUUGGCUGUAGAUGAAAAUGGCCUUUGGGUGAUUUAUGCCACUGAGCAGAACAACGGACGGAUCGUCAUCAGCCAGCUCAAUCCCUACACGCUACGUGUUGAGGGGACCUGGGACACAUCUUACGACAAGCGCUCAGCGUCCAACGCCUUCAUGAUCUGUGGAAUCCUCUAUGUAGUAAAGUCAGUGUAUGAGGAUGAUGACAAUGAAGCAACAGGAAACAAGAUUGACUACAUCUACAACACAGAACUAAGUAAAGAUGGGUAUCUGGACAUCCCUUUCCCCAACUCCUAUCAGUACAUCGCUGCUGUGGAUUAUAAUCCCAGAGACAACCUGCUGUAUGUUUGGAACAAUUACCAUGUGGUGAAAUACUCUCUGGACUUUGGAGCGUUGGACAACAGACUUGAAACUUCCUCCUCUGUAAUGGUGUACAUGGACACGACGACCACGAUGACGAGGACCACCACUCGGCCUACCACGGUCACCAUGACGACCACGACAGCCUGGACUACUACUACUAAGGUGCCUGCAACAACACCUGCAAUUGCCCAGUGGCCUCGGACCACGUCGACAGUGGUGGCCCCAGUCCAGACGCUGGUGGAAGGUGUGGUCCCAGAAGACGACGACAAAGCACCUCCUUCGUCCAAGCUUCCCAACAUCAGGGUGGAGUACUGCAAUCCCCUGGUGAUGAUGGACAUCUCCUGGCCGAAGACCAAGCAGGGUUUAGUGGCCAAGAUGCCCUGUCCACCUGGAACCAUAGGCAUGGCCUCAUACAUGUGCAUGGGUCCAGAGGGAUACUGGGACCCCCAGGGACCCGACUUUAGCAACUGUACCUCCCCCUGGGUCAACCUCAUCAGCCAGAAGCUUAAAGCCGGGGAGACAGCUGCAGUUAUUGCCCGGGAGUUGGCAGAGCAAACUAAGAGUAAUCUGCAGGCUGGGGACAUCACCUACACUGUGAAGGCCAUGGUUCAGCUGGUGGACCUCCUUGAUGUGCAGCUGAGGAACCUUACGCCAGGUGGCAAGGAUAGCGCAGCCCGAAGCCUCAACAAGCUGCAGAAAAGAGAGCGCUCUUGCCGGUUUUAUGUUCAGGCCAUGGUGGAGACGGUCAACAAUUUGCUGCAACCGCAGGCCCAGGCGGCGUGGAGGGAGCUGAGCACUGGCGAGCAGCUGAGGGCCGCCACUAUGUUGCUGGACACGGUGGAGCAAGGGGCCUUCGUACUCGCGGACAACCUGCUGAAGACGGACAUUGUGCAAGAGAACACCGACAACAUCCAGCUGGAGGUAGCGAGGAUGAGCACAGAUGGGAAUUUGCCAGAUCUGAAGUUCCCACAAACUGGAGGACAAGGCAACUCGAUCCACCUCUCUGCUAACACGCUAAAGCAGCACGGACGAAAUGGUGAGAUUCGGAUAGCAUUCGUCUUAUACAAACACAUCGGAGUCUACCUUUCAACGGAGAAUGCCAGCAUGAAGCUGGGCAGUGAAGCCAUGGCUACCAAUUACUCUGUCAUUGUCAACUCACCGGUUAUAACGGCUGCCAUCAACAAGGACUCUAACAAAGUCUACCUCUCAGACCCAGUCAUUUUUACCAUCAGACAUCUUCAGCAAUCUGAGGAGAACUUCAACCCCAACUGUUCAUUCUGGAGUUACUCCAAGAGAACAAUGACCGGUUACUGGUCGACGCAGGACUGUCGUUUGCUAGGCACCAACAGGACACACACCACAUGCUCCUGCACCCAUCUAACCAAUUUUGCUGUCCUCAUGGCUCAUGUGGAUGUCAAGAAUACAGACCCUGUUCACGACAUGCUCCUGGAUGUCAUUACCUGGGUCGGGAUCCUGCUGUCCUUGGUCUGCCUCCUCAUCAGCCUCUUCACCUUCUGCUUCUUCCGUGGCCUCCAGAGCGACCGCAACACCAUCCAUAAGAACCUGUGCAUCAGCCUGUUCAUUGCUGAGUCCCUGUUCCUGGUGGGCAUCAAUCGGGGUGACCAGCCGAUUGCUUGUGCCGUCUUUGCCGCCCUGCUCCACUUCUUCUUCCUGGCAGCGUUCACCUGGAUGUUCCUGGAGGGCGUCCAGCUCUACAUCAUGCUGGUGGAGGUGUUCGAGAGUGAGCACUCGCGCCGCCGCUACUUCUACCUGGUGGGCUACGGAGUUCCCGCGCUAAUUGUGGCCGUUUCAGCUGCGGUUGACUACCGAAGUUACGGCACCGACCGAGUUUGCUGGCUUCGCCUGGACACCUACUUCAUUUGGAGUUUCAUAGGACCGGCAACCUUGAUAAUUAUGCUCAAUGUAAUCUUCCUAGGCAUCGCUCUCUACAAGAUGUUCCAUCACACGGCCAUCUUGAAACCAGACUCCGGUUGCCUGGACAACAUCAAAUCAUGGGUGAUCGGGGCCAUUGCCUUGCUAUGUCUGCUGGGCCUGACCUGGGCCUUUGGCCUGAUGUAUGUCAACGAGAGCACGGUGGUUAUGGCCUACCUGUUCACCAUCUUCAACUCCCUGCAAGGAAUGUUCAUCUUCAUCUUCCACUGUGUCCUGCAGAAGAAGGUGCGUAAGGAGUAUGGAAAAUGCCUGCGUACUCACUGCUGCAGUGGGAAAAGUGUGGACAGCUCCAUUGGCUCUGGAAAAGGCACCGCCUCUCGUGCUCCGGGACGUUACUCUACAGGGUCACAGAGCCGCAUCCGUCGAAUGUGGAAUGACACAGUCAGAAAACAGUCCGAGUCCUCCUUUAUGACCGGCGACAUCAACAGCUCUGCGUCACUCAACAGAGAGGGAAUCCUGAACAAUGCCCGGGAUACAAGUGUCAUGGAUACUCUACCACUGAAUGGUAACCAUGGCAACAGCUACAGCAUCGCCAGUGCUGAGUACAUGAGUGACUGCGUCCAGAUUAUUGACCGGGGCUACAAUCACAAGGAGACCACCCUGGAAAAGAAGAUCCUGAAAGAGCUCACCUCCAAUUAUAUCCCCUCCUACCUCAACAAUUCCCAUGAGCGCUCAGCCGAGCAUAACCGGAACCUCAUGAAUAAGCUGGUCAAUAAUGUUAGCAAUGGUGGCAAGGACAGUGGCUAUGGGAUGGGCUUGGGAGUGGGGAUGGGCAUGAAUGUUGCACUGAGCCUGGAUGACCACUCCACCUUUGGUCCGCACCACGACGAAGGCCUGGGCCUGGAGUUAAUCCGCGAAGAGUCUAAUGCCCCGUUGUUGCCUCAAAGACCACCUCCUUCCCUGCAGGCAGUGGACAACCUUCACAGUCACCUCCACCAGUCAGUGCCACCACCACUCCCACUGCCCCACCACCCCUUCUCGUCCGCCACCACUUCCUCCUCGUCUCGAAGGAGGAUCCCCCAGGAGAACAGCGAAAGUUUCUUUCCCUUACUUACUAACGAGCACACCGAAGAAGAGGGCUCGUCACCCACCCACAAUCACCAGAGAGAUUCUCUCUACACCAGCAUGCCCAUGCUGCCUGGCCUGCCCGAUGUGUCUGCAGAGUCUGCUGAUGGCUCCAAGGAUGGCGGGGAUGCCAAGAGCCCAGAGGCCAGCUCGGACGACGUUUACUACAAGAGCAUGCCCAACUUGGGCUCACGUAACCACCUGCAUCAGCUGCACUCCUACUACCAGCUAGGACGGGGCAGCAGCGAUGGCUUCAUUGUGCCCCCAAACAAAGAGGAUCUAUCUCCAGAAGAGGCCCACCAGGAGCCCUCGCACCUGGUCACCAGCCUAUAGGCCCAAACACCCUCCCACUAGUGUCCCUGCUAUUACUGUAGUCCUUCUCUUCCCCAUGUCCUCUUGUUCCAUCAGUCGUUGGCAGUGGUAGCCUUUCUUUUUAUUCUGUGUUCCGAAGACUGAGGCGGAGCAAGUAACUGUACUCUCGCUGUUACUGACCACAACCAGGAUCAUAAUUGCGACGUAUGGGGGGGCUAAAAUGUGACUAGAUUUGGUUAGAUAAUGCGGGAAUCUGUUGAUGUUGUGUCCACACCCCACCCCCCCAGACCCUGUGUGGUUUGGCGUGUUUUGUCUCGGUGUGAAAAGAGACAAUUACUCACACAGGAUUUUUAGGUCUCAGAAAUAGAGUCUGACAGAACUGCAUUGCCCCGAACUAAACAAGUCUAAGUUAUAGACUUCACCAGAAUAAACGGGAAAUUUAAAAAAGGACUAUUUUAUUAUACUUCUGUAUCUAUAUUGACUUUUUGAAAGAUUUUCUUCCUCUUUGGUGAGUUGCAGCACAUUUUGUUUGCUGAAGUGUCCCUUCAAUGAAAAUAAAGAGAAAAAAAAACAAAAAAAAAACAAACAAAAAAAAACACCACACACAUUUUGAACAGUUACCAUGAAAGAAUUAUUGAUCGUAUGCUUUCAAGCAUAGCUGUUCUUUUUUCUUUCAUUUUACUGUAAUAACAGUUGUUAAAAGAGGGAGAAAAAACUAAUAAGAGAAUUAUGAGAUAUUUCUAUGUAAUUGUACAGAUAACUAGCAUUGCACAUAAUAGUAUGCUUUUUUUGUUCCGAGCAAACCCUUUGUCUCUGUAAAUGUAGUGGUUAGGAGCAAUUUUGUUCUGUUGUGCUGGCCUUUCUGGGUUUCUGGUACCAGUCUGUUUUUUUUCUUUUAUCACUUUCCAAGAGAUGACCAUCUAAAUAGAAACAAAAUAACACAAAAAAUAUCACAACAAAACACUUAUUGUGAAGGCAUUUUUGUGUAAAUUAUUCACCUAUGUUUUCAGGUCUGUUUUCUGUUUCUGUUUGAUUUCUUUUCGCUGUUUUCUUUCUUUCUUUUUUCUUUUUUACUGUGUAGAUAGCAGAGCUCUGAUUCACAGAUCAUUGAGGAGACAGAUUCAGUCCAAGUUAAUCAUGAGGUGUCCCUCAGAAAGGUUCAUAGUGCAUUCUGCAUCUCUAUUGGUAUUCAGAAAAUGCUUGUGCUUCUCAAAAAGAGAACAAAUUGAACAUUGAUGAGCACUAGGCACUUGUACAAAAAAGAAAGAUGGCUGUUUUACUUAUUAAAGAAAGAGCUUUUGGAGUGAGAAAAACUGGAAGUGUUUUUCUUUUUCUUCAUCAAGGAGAAAAUAUAUUUAUUUAUUUGUUCAAAUAAACAGUAAUAAAAUGGAGAAUGGAAGUAACUCUAGUGGCACAGAUAAGUUUUUAUUAUUGGCUAUGAUUAUGGCUUCUUAUUUAUUCUUUUUUGUAUUGGUUUCCAAGUUGAAUGACCUCAUAACAAAUAUUUGUUGUAACAGUGAAACUUGUUUGCCAACAAAUAAAUUACUGAUUAAGAUUUAUCACUUAGCUACGACAAAAGUUCUGGUGUUUUGUCUGGGUCUUGGAACACUUUUAUAUGGAUAACAGUGAAGGACCUCCAGAUGAUGGAACGAUCAAUUCUUUUUUUUAAUUAUCCGUUAAUAUCCCUCAUUAGCCCUCUGUCCAUUUCAGUGCCAAAUACAUUUGGCCCAGCAACAGUGGAUGUGCUCUG